CAGAGGGAAGUGUUGCGUCACUAUGGCCCGAACCAAGCAGACCGCUCGUAAAUCCACCGGAGGAAAAGCUCCCAGGAAGCAGCUGGCGACCAAAGCCGCUCGCAAGAGCGCCCCAGCUACCGGCGGAGUGAAGAAGCCUCACCGUUACAGGCCCGGUACCGUGGCUUUGAGGGAGAUUCGUCGCUACCAGAAGUCCACCGAGCUGCUGAUCCGCAAGCUGCCCUUCCAGCGGCUGGUUAGAGAGAUCGCUCAAGACUUCAAGACCGAUCUGCGGUUCCAGAGCUCUGCAGUGAUGGCUCUGCAGGAGGCCAGCGAGGCCUACCUGGUCGGCCUGUUCGAGGACACCAACCUGUGCGCCAUCCACAUCACAAUGAGUGGACGAGGUAAAGGAGGUAAAGGACUCGGGAAAGGAGGCGCCAAGCGGCACCGUAAGGUCCUCCGUGACAACAUCCAGGGCAUCACUAAGCCCGCUAUCCGCCGUCUGGCUCGCCGCGGAGGAGUCAAGCGUAUCUCCGGUCUGAUCUACGAGGAGACCCGCGGUGUGCUCAAGGUGUUCCUGGAGAACGUCAUCCGGGAUGCCGUCACCUACACCGAGCACGCUAAGAGGAAGACUGUGACCGCCAUGGAUGUGGUGUACGCCCUGAAGAGGCAGGGCCGCACUCUGUACGGCUUCGGAGGUUAAA